AUUCCUUUUCUCCCACAACCUCACCUGUGAUUUCAUAUUUCUAACUUUAAGCCUCCCAUUUUUUCUUCAGCCUUCCUUUCUUUAGUUCAGUAAAUCCUUCAACAUUUUAAUGGCUGCAUCGUCAUUCAACUCACUUUUGUUGUGUUCUUUGAUUUCAAUUAAUCUUGGUUCUGUCUUGUUUUGGAAAAAUUUUCAUUCUCAGUUUAGCAGUAGUCAACGUUGUAACUUUUUCUGCCAACAAAACUAGCUAGGAAUAACCAGCCGCCACCAUGGGAAAGCGUAAUACACGGCGUAAAAAUGCAGCGAUGUUAGAUAGCGAAGACGAUAAUAGUAGUGUUAGUUCGACGUCAACGAUGAGGUCUGAUUAUAUGUCGGUGUCUGGUACUGAAGAAGUUCAGCUUGAGAAAGAUAGUUUGUUAGAUGAAGCUUUGGAUGCUUUAUACGAGAAAAGGGGCUCCACAAGAGAGAAAGCUUUGGCCUCCAUUAUUGAGGCUUUCAAUAACAGCUUGCAGCAUCAGUUUGUUGAAAAGAAAUUCGCCACUUUACUUCAUCAGUGCCUGGGUUCCAUAAAACGGGGCUCCAGCAGGGAGAUAGCUUUAGCAUCUCAGGCCAUUGGCUUGUUGGCUUUGACUGUUGGCUUUGGCGACAAUGCGCGGGAAAUAUUGGAUGAAUCAGUCACUCCAAUUUCACAGGCUCUAAAGGCAGGGUCUGAGUCCUUGAAGACAGUAGCGCUGCUCGAGUGUUUGGCUAUCAUAACAUUUGUUGGUGGAAAUGAUCUAGAGGAAACAGAAAGAUCAAUGGAAAUUAUGUGGCAACUUGUUCAUCCAAAGCUGGGUUCUAAUGUUGUCUCAGUCAAACCUUCGGCAACUGUUAUAACAGCAAUGGUGUCUGCUUGGUCAUUUCUUCUUGCAACAUUGGAUGACCGGAAACUUGAUCCUAAACACUGGCAGCAGUCUAUUUCAUAUUUUUCUAGCCUGCUUGACAAAAAUGACCGAUCUGUACGCAUUGCUGCUGGUGAAGCACUGGCAUUAAUUUUUGAGAUUGGAAGCCUGGAGAAGUUCUCUGCUGAAGCUAAUGGUUCUAAUGGUGGCUCUCAAGAAGGAUAUACUCAUGUACAAGGAUUGAAAGGAAAGAUACUCAAUCAGGUCAGAAACCUGUCUAUAGAAGCAGGCGGUAAAGGGUCUGCUAAGAAAGAUCUUAACAACCAGCGGAACUUGUUCAAGGAUAUCUUAGAGUUUCUUGAGGAUGGAUAUUGUCCUGAAACCUCAAUGAAGAUUGGUGGCGAAUCACUUAAGACAUCAACCUGGUCUCAAAUGAUACAGUUGAACUUCUUAAAGCACUUUCUCGGGGGUGGCUUCAUUAAGCACAUGCAGGAAAAUGAAUUUCUUCAUGACGUCCUUGGAUUCACUCCUAAGCGAAAGUAUCUUCCAAGCAAUGAGCACGGAAUAUCUAGUAGUGAAAAGAGGAUGUAUAGGUCACCAAAUUCUGUAGUCAACAAAGCAAGGACACAAUUACUGAACAAGCAGCGAAUGCUUUCUGAGGGUAGGAAUGUAGGACACUAUGCCAUCACUUUGGGCAACGAAGAGAUCUAGUGUCUCCACCUCCUGCAAUCAUAUUGUGGGCUCAUGUUAUCAGAUAUUACAUGAAAGUUUAUUAUCAUUGCAUGGAUAAAAUCUUUUUGGUUAAGUUGCUGGUGGCACUAAAUACACUGGUUGAUCGUACUUGUAAUUCUUUACAUUUGUGGUUUCUUCAUUUUGUUAAUUUAAGCCACCAAUAAUUAAACUUUAUUAUAAAAAAAUAUUAAAAUA